CGUAUAUCUUCACAAAUCUUUUUUGGCGGGAAACCAUAUGGCCAUCAGCUAGCUUCAUUCCGGUCGCUGUUAUGUUGUCAAACGAUUCGCAAUGUCGAGAAGAUGCUAAUUACAGAGAUAGUUUAAUGUACACGAUGAGUUUCUUAAUUUAAAUUAGUAUUUAACGUAAUGUGAUAAUAGUUAACACUUUAUACACACUCAACAAGGAUGGACGCGAGCAAUGAAGCAAUUAGCUCGGAUAUUGCUGACAGCGAUUUAAGUGCGGAGUUACCAAGUCCAGUGUCAAAAAGUCGCUACGGACGUACAAGGAAACCGAAAAUCACAGAGGACUUUUACGACAUAGAUGUCAUAUUCGAAGACUUGAACAAGAAGAUAGUUCCCCGACCUCAGCCUCCUCCUUCCUUGCCUAAAGUGGUAAAACCACGACAAAGCAUAUCGCAUAAUAAUAAAAAAGUAAAUGAUAACAAGAGAUUGAAGUUUGAGCAUGUUACUGCGGAUUUAGAGCUGGAGGAGCAAGUUGUGGAGGUCCCGGAUUCCAAUUCCAAAGCCAUACACAAUUUUUUCAAAAGUGAGAGUGGUAUGUCGGUUUUACAUAAUGUGGAUGUCGUGCCUAAAGUGGAUCUAAAGUGUGAUGCAGAAGUGGUGCAGGAACCUUUAGAUUUAGAAUCCGUCGAUGUAACUCAAGUUUUGAAAAUUAUCUCCACUAAAAACGUUGAUGACAAACUUAGUACGGACGUGAAGGCGAAUGCUAAGCCUGUAUUAAAAACUUAUAGCAACAAACGCAAAAGUUACAAUAAAUUGGCAGUAAUGGAGAGCUUCGGUUUGCCUGAUACCCCAAUUUUUCCUGUGGACAAUGAUAAGGUCAGCGGAAGUGAACCUAAACGUAUAAAAAGCUUAGAUGUGGCCGCUCCAAGUUCAGAAAAUGACAUUAAUUUGGUAGACAAAAAGUUACUCCACACUCCUUGGAAGAUUGCGAGUAUGGAUGCUGAAAUACCGGAUCUUGAUUUGUUAAUGGAAUCUACUUGUGAUGAUUAUCAAGAGGAUACGAUGACCUCUCCGAUUAAAAUACUAAAUGAAGUUCCUUCAAUGUUUAUUGAGUCGAGUGUUGAGUUUGAGCCUGACAGUACAUUCCUUGGUGCGGAUCAGAUCAAAAUUCCACCUAGUCCAAGAAGAUCGAAAGGAGGGAAAGUGAACUCCACAAGUGCUGAGGGUAACACCCAAACUCAGAGUCACGUAGAGAUUUCAGUUCCAGACUCAUCACAGGACUGUGAAGCCGUGAGUGAUAAGACACUUUCUCCAGGGAUUGGUGACAAUGAUUUGUCUACGCCAAAGCAGUUGAAGAAGCAGCCCAAUAAAGUAUCAUCUAAGCUGAAGAUGUCGGAUGACCGGCCCAAACUGUUAAGCCCCAAUCUUAAAAUUAGGGAAGAAAAACCAAAAUUUUUGCCACCCGGCAAAAAAUCUCCUAGAAGGUUAGCUUCGACUUUAAGACUAAUGAGCACCACUGAGAACGUGAAUAAUAUUGAUAUAGCAAGUAACACCCCAAACAAGGUAACCGAAAGGAAAUCUAAAUGUACAGAAAUGAAUGAGGAUGUUGAAAACAUCAUAGUCGCAUCAAAAUUGAGGAAAGUUAAUUUGGAUGAAAUUCAGCUUUCAGAACUAUCAAGCAGUAUUGAGAAUGUGCGGGAAAAUCCAAAAAGUAGUGAGGAAUCGAAGAAAAAGGUUGUUAAAAAGCAAGGAAAUUGCGUGCAGGGCAUUUCUCCAGAUAAAGUGAAGAAGCGCACUUCGGCAAAGAAGAAGAAAGUGGAAGACUCGAAAGAUACUCAGACUGGAUUGGAUGUAACUGCAAAGAUCACAAGGUCUUUUGGGCAGUUAUCGAAGCCAUUUAUUGAAGAAGUCACAAAUGAAAGAGGAAGAAGUAAGUCACAAUCAACUGUAAUUGGAAAGGUCACACGGUCUUCAACUGAUGAGCAAAAGCGACGUUCCAAAUCGCAGCCGGAUGUAAAAGUUACAGGAUCUUCAACUGGACCAAAUUCAGUCGUUGACCAAAAUCAAAAUCCUAAAUCAAAAUCGGAUGCAAAAGUUACAAGAUCUUCGAGUAGUACUCAGUUACCAAAUGCAAUCAUUGAUCUAACGGAAGAUCCUAAACCACAGUUGGAUGCAAAAGUUACAAGACCUUCGUCUGGCACUCGAGUAGCAAAGUUGGUCAUGCAGCAAAAGGAAGAUCCAAAACUACAGUUGGGUAUAAAAGUGACAAGAUCUUCCUCUGGCAAUCGAUUAGCAAAUCCAGUCGUUGAACGAAAGCAAAAUUUUAAACCACAGUCAGAUGUAAAAGCUACAAGAUCUUCAACAGGACCAAACUCAGCCAUUGAAGAAAAGAAGAGUGCUAAAUCAAGAUCUUCAAUUGGAGCAAACUCGAUCAUUGAAGAAAAGCAAAGUGUUAGAACUGAGUCGGAGGCAAAGGUGACGAGAUCUUCGACUGGUCGACCUAAGUCGGCAAUUGAGGAAGUGUCUCCCAAGAAGCAAAAUACUAAGUCAGAGUUCGGCGUCACUCCGAAAGUCACAAGGUCUUCUGUUCAGUUACCAAAACCAAUUAACGAGGGUAGACAAAGAAGCAAGUCGCUAUCUGCCAAGGUUACAAGGGCUUCAACAGGUGAUCAGUCGCUAAAGCAACCCUCCACUGAUGGACAUGAUACUAAGCCACAUUCGGAUGUGGUUGUAAAGGUUACAAGGUCUUCGGUUGGUCAAUGGCUAAUGUCAGGUACUGCCCAAGAGUUGACAAAAAAACACGUUGGUAGGUCUUCAAUUGGUGAUCAGGUACCAAAGAAAGCGUCAACUGAUCAGGAUAUAACUGUGAAGGUCACAAGGUCAUUAUUAAGUAAUCAGUCACUGAAACCAAUGCCUAAUUCCAAAGGGGAACAAGGAAAUGAGCAGGCACAAACUAAAAUGAACUCUGAUGAUAGUCACAAAUCGGAUUCGUCACCAGAACCAAGAAAAUUGAAUAAAUCAAUUUCACCACGGCGUAAAGUGAACAGGGUAGAAGGCCAAAAAUUGAGAAGGAAACUUCAUUCACCAAUUAAAAGAAUGCAACCGUACGUGCUGUUAAAGUCGAGUGACUUCAGUGUACUCUCAACGAACAUCGCGAAAAGAAGACGGCAACUCUUGUCCUUGGUCAAAAAAGGUCACGACAAGCCGUUGUUGAAACGCAAGUACACAACACCCGUCGCGACGUCGCCCGUCAGAUCACUGAUGCGCAGACGCACGCAUUCGCAGCCGAUUUCUAAGCGAAGCGAUGGGAAAAAGACGGCCGCAAGACGAUCGAUUAGUUCCGGGCACGUGGAAUCGAAAACCACAGAUUGCAGUGAGGCCGCGGUGGAGAUUGUGGAGCAGGACGUGGCGGAGGUGAUCGAGGUUGAGAAGUACGUCGUGGUGGAGAAGCGUAAAAAGGGAAGGCCGAGAAAAAUUGUCGUGGAUACACAGCCGGUUGAUAUCAGUCGGGAAAUUAAACAGGAAUGCCUAGAUGAAAUGGACGACCUUGAGGAAAGGGCUAAAAAGGAAAAAGCAAUUGGCGACAUAAUGUGGGGUAAAAUCGGUGGCCAUCCUUAUUGGCCGUGCCUGAUCGUCGAAGAACCCGAAACGUGUGUUUUUCAGAAAGUGUGCCCUGUUUUAUCCAGAAAAGCUUUGCAGACGAUGUAUCAUGUAAGAUUUUUUGGGGACAGGGGCAGAAGAUCUUGGGUUCAGACCACCUGUUUGCUUCCGUUUGCAAGCGGGGACGAUUUGAAACGACAGUUCACAAUUGCGAAGAAUAAAGCGAAUUUUAUUGUGAAACCAUCUGCAUUACCAAAGUGGAAGAUUGCGGUUACUGAAGCGGAAUCGCAAUUACAAUGCAGUGUUGAGGAUCGCCUGGAUUUCUUCGCAAAGGUAUUAGAGCAACAAGCACAAUUGCUACUAAAAAUAAAACGUGAAGAUCUGAAGUCCUCUAGUCCUACGCCAUCUAGAAUGGCCUCAGAAGGUGAUAGUAAUUCAGAAGAUGAUUCCAAAUCUAUCAUAGAUGGAAAACUAGAACUGGAUAGUGCGGCUACAAUAUCAAAACGGAGAGAUUCGAAAAAUUUAUCAAAAAGCUCCCCUUCACCCGAGAUUGAAACAGUCAAAAAGAAAACUAAAAAAAUGCUUGCAGAAGUUGUAGGGGAGGAAACAUUGAAACCAAAACCCGAACCGGAUAUAGAAAAUGAAUCUAUAAGUGAAUUGAAGAUACCGUGGAAGACUAUUGAUCUUUCCGAAAAAAACGACAUACAUUCUGAGUAUUCUUCAGAUACCGAUACUGCUUCUAAGUCCAGUAGCAAUACAAUAAUCGCCGAUGGGUUCCAAGAUGAGGUCAUGCGGCAGAGACGAAACAGUUUAUUUCGUGGCGUCUCCAGGGACAUUGUCUGUCAAGUCUGCAAACAACCCAAAGAAGUUUUUAAAUGUAAGGGACCUUGUAGGGGACUGUAUCAUUAUAAAUGUGCGGAUUUCGAUAUUAAACCCGAUGUGAGCUGUGGUAUGACUGUUACUGAGGAGCUAGUCAAUAAAGAAUGUACUCCGGUUCCAAGUGCGCCAGCAAAAUUUUCCGAAUUAUCUAUUGCUGAGCAGAUUGAUAUUAAAAUGAAGGAGGUGAUGCAAGGUAUGGAGAAUGACACACGAUAUGCGGAUUCCACAACAGACUACAGUAGCUCCGAAGAAAGUACCUGCAAUAUGUUGGAAAAAGCUGAUACACCCCAAGAGGAGGAGGAGGAAGUAGUAAUAUUGCAUGUUACUGCAGAUCAUAUAAGCGUGAUGCCGAGGAAACUUUUGGAGGAAGCGACACCUGUGCAAACUCAAAUUGAAGACACAAUUCCUAAAGUGGCCGACGUCAAUAAAAAUGUUGUGGAAAGUACGGAUGAACCGAAAGUAUUUCAAUGUGGUUAUUGCAUUGCGAAGGUCGAGCCUCCUUGCUUUGCCUGCGAAAGUGAUAUUUCAUUGAAGAAUGAUUCUCUGCGCCAAAAGUGCUCGCUGUUUAGUUGUGGGAAAUUUUAUCAUCGUAAGUGCAUCAAAUUAUGGCCGCAGACGCAGUGGUCAUUAAUAUCGACGGAAAAACAUAAAAAAUCAGAUAAAUUGCUCGAUACUUUCAUUUGCCCGUGUCAUAUCUGCCACACGUGUACAUCGGACGAUCCACGCGCAGCCACCUCUAGAUCUGGUAAAAAAUUGGCCAGAUGUUUGCAUUGCCCCGCGGCGUACCACACGACGAAUUACUGCAUUCCGGCCGGUACCCAAAUUUUGAGUUCAGCGCAAAUUAUAUGUCCCAGACAUUUCAAGAAACACAUAACCACAAAAAAGAACGCCAAACAAGUGCGCACAAUAAAUACGCCAUGGUGUUUCAUUUGCUCAAAAGGUGGCGAUUUAAUUUGUUGCGAAACAUGUCCCACUAGUGUCCACACUGACUGUUUAACCAUUAAUCUCCUAGAUGACGACACAUUUAUAUGCGAAGACUGCGAAUCGGGUCGUUUUCCUUUGUACGACGAAAUCGUCUGGGUGAAAUUGGGGAAGUACAGAUGGUGGCCUGCCAUUAUUUUAUUUCCAAACGAGGUACCGGACAACGUGAAAGCGCUGCCUCACAAUUCGGGCGAGUUCGUCGUCAAGUUUUUCGGCACCCACGAUCACUACUGGGUCGGGCGCGGUCGCGUUUUCUUAUUUCAGGAGGGAGAUAAGGGCCACUGCAGUCCGUCGAAGAAGAGAAUGGACGCUCUGUUUAAAAAAUCAAUCGAAGAGGCGACAAUCGUUCAUAAUAUUAAGAAGAAUUUCCGGAAGAGUAAGGUCGACGAAUUGAAGAAUGGUGCCAAACCUCCGCCGUAUAUUAGAGUUAAAGUGAAUAAGCCCGUCGGCAAUGUUCGUUUGUUUGACGCUAAUGUGAGUAAUACGACGUCGUGUGAAUGCGAUCCGUUUCAAGAGAAUCCUUGUGGACCUGAGAGCGACUGCUUAAACAGAUUGUUGUUGACCGAAUGCGACCCAAACAUAUGCCCGGCGAGGAAAAAAUGCAACAAUCAAAGAUUCGAAAAACGCCAGUAUCCCCCACUAGUACCUUACAAAACGGAGGCUCGAGGCUGGGGCCUGAAAACUUUGGCGCCGAUUAGUAAGGGCGAUUUUGUUAUCGAGUACGUCGGCGAAAUAAUCGACGAUCAGGAGUAUCAGAGGCGCGUUCAAAAGAUGAGCGAGCAGAAAGACGAGAAUUACUAUUUCCUCACGAUCGAUAACAAUCGUAUCAUCGACGCCGGACCGAAAGGAAAUCUGGCGAGGUUUAUGAAUCACUGCUGCGAGCCGAAUUGCGUCACCCAGAAAUGGACAGUUAACGGAGACACUCGUGUUGGUUUGUUCGCGAUCGACAAUAUUGCAGCCGAUUCUGAAGUUACCUUUAAUUAUAAUUUGGAAUGUAUCGGAAAAGAGAAGAAGAUUUGCAGGUGCGGAGCUUCAAAGUGUAGUGGGUUUAUUGGUGUUAAAACUAAGGACGAAUCUCAGAAGAAAGCCAAACGUUCUAGUGUUAAAAUUAAGAAGUCAUUUGCAACAAAUCCUUCGAAAAAUGAUGUUCCUUGCUUUAUCUGUUGUAAAACUGGCGAAGUAGUCUCGUGUAACAACAAAAUAUGUACAAAAGUAUACCAUUUGUCAUGUGUCAAUUUAAACACCUUGCCUGAAGGCAAGUGGGUAUGUCCUUGGCAUAACUGUAACAUAUGUAGCAAACGAACAAUCCGUUGUUGUGUUAAAUGUACCAACUCUUACUGCCCUGUGCAUUCCGAGGGCAAUGUCAGAUACGACAAUCUUCUAGGCUUUGUUUGUUCAGAACAUGAUUCAACAAAAGAAGAGCAGAAAGCCGAGACAAACGACAUAGUGCAGAAUUUCAGCAGUUCCCAAUUAACCACAAAUGAAACUGACGUGACUUCGACCACCUGUGAUGAAUUAGAUACCACCGAGUGUACUAGUGAAACUCCUAGCGACGAAGCCCAAUUGGCGGCAUCGACGCCUGUAAAAACGCCACUCCUUGUCGAACCUUUGGAAGCGCACGAGCUCCACACACCCCAAUCGAGCAUUCCAGAAAGUCACGACGAGUCGACACCCGAGCCUGUAAAUUGUCAAAAACGUAAGAGAGGCCGACCGAAGAAACAUUCCUUGAAGAAGAAAAUGAAAUUGACGCAUUCGACUUCAAAGAAAGCGUUAAACUAUACCGCGCCGAGCUUGCUGGAUGUAUCGUUACAAAAUGAGGUUAAAUUGACCUCCUCGAUUCCAUCGCGCCAUUUGCGCACUAGGAGUAACACAAAGUCACUUGGCGGUAAUCGUUUCUUGGAGCAGCAAAAUGAACUAGAAAAAGUUUUACCCAUUAGGAAGCGAUCGAGACCGAGAUGUGAAUUAAGUUUGUAGAUUAGAAGUAAAAAUUUUAUCUUUUUUUUUAAAUCGUUAGCUUUAUUGUCACAAAUGUUAAUAUAAGAAACAAAGUUGAAAAAUAAAUUUUAUAAUUUAUGUGAAAUGAGCUAAAUAAUAUAGUUUGUUGUAUAUACUGUA